GACCAGAAAAAAUAGAAGGCCUCACCCACUCUAAACUUUCCACUGACUGAAGAGUUAAAAGCUUUUAAGCAGGCAAGACGAAAGAGUGGUAGAAACGGCAAAACUGCAGUUAAAGAGUUGUCAUACCCAAAUCGAGUUCUAUGGAGUCUUUGCCCUCAUUUCACACAAGCACGUUGGCUUUUACCUUUGCAUCAUUUUCGGAUGAGUAGAUUAAGUCAAGGAGGAAGUUGCAAGAAGUGAAAAAGCUAAUCGAAUUACCAAAGCUGGAAUUUCAGGAGACAAGAUAAGUUCCAUUGGAUGAGACAAGUUAAAGAGAUGGCUGUAGAAUUCGUCAAUGCCCUUAAUGCUGCUGCAGCUGCUGAGUUGGUGCUGUUGAUAACUUUACAGAGUGAAUGUGCUAAACUGAGGAGGCUGCUGGAGGAACAGAGAAAGCUUAUGCAAAGGCUUAAAGAAGAAAAAGAAGAAGAAGCACAAAUGGCCAGGAGAAAAAUUGAAAGGAUGAGUCAACGAUUAGCCGAGGCUCAAAAAGAUGUUGAGUACGCUUCGGCUAGAGCUGAUGUUGCUGAGAAUGAAUGGGUUAAGUUGAAGAGAGAAUUGCAAGAAGCUCUACAGUUUGUGGAAUUGCUAAAGCCAGAAAGUAAGGAGAUGACACAAAGUGUACUGAGACAGGUUGAUGACAAAGAACUAGAGUUAGCGAAUGCCAUUAAUGCUGCUUCAAUUGCGGAGAGUGAAUGUGAUAAACUGAGGAGAAUGCUGGAAGAAGGGCGAAAACUUGUCCAAGGGCUUAAACUUGAGAAAGAUGAUGAGGCUCAACUGGCCAAGAGACAAAUUGAAGAGCUAGGUCAAGAAUUAGGUGAUGCUCGAAAAUACGCUGAGUACAUGACUCCUAGGGCUGAUGUUGCUGAGCAUGAAUGUGCUAAGCUGAAGAGAAUGCUGGAAGAAGAGCAAAAAUUUGUACAAAGGCUUAGAAUUGAGAAAGAUGAUGAGGCGCAGCUAGCCAAGAGGCAAAUUGAAGAGAUUGAUAAAAAAUUAGCCCUUGCUCAAAAAGAUGCUGAGCUAGCUCGAAAAGAUGCUGAUGCUGCUGAGAACGAAUGGACUAAGGUGAAGAGAGAUUUGAAGAACAUGGAAGAGCAUGUCAAAUUGAUGGAGUUGCAAUGUCAAGAGACAAGAGAAAGGGCUAGCAGGCCAGAUGAAGAGAAGGCGCUGGAGUUAGCCAAUGCCCUUAAUGCUUCUGUGAUAGCUGAGAGUGAAUGUGCUAAACUUAAAAGAAUGCUGAUAGAGGAAGGAAAAACUGUCCAAAGGCUUAGAAUUGAGAAAGAUGAUGAGGUAGAACUAGCCAAGAGACAAAUUGAAAAGAUGGGUCAAGAACUAGCCUAUGCUCGAAAAGAAGCUCAAUAUGCUCGAAAUGAUGCUGACAUUGCCGAGAAUGAAUGGGGCAAGGUGAAGAGAGAGUUGAAGGAAAAGAAAGAGCUUGUUGAACUGCUAACGUUGGAAAUUCAGGAGACAAGACAAAUAUUAGAGGAUGCUCGAAAAGAAGCUGAAUAUGCUCGAAAUGAUGCUGACAUUGCUGAGAAUGAAUGGGGCAAGAUGAAGAGAGAGUUGAAGGAAAAGGAGGAACUUGUCGAACUGCAAGAGUUGGAAAUUCAGGAGAUAAGACAAUUAUUAAAGGAUGCUCGAAAAGAAGCUGAAUAUGCUCGAAAUGAUGCUGACAUUUCUGAGAAUGAAUGGGGCAAGGUGAAGAGAGAGUUGAAGGAAAAGGAGGAACUUGUCGAACUGCAAGCGUUGGAAAUUCAGGAGACAAGAGAAUUAUUAAAGGAUGCUCGAAAAGAAGCUGAAUAUGCUCGAAAUGAUGCUGACAUUUCUGAGAAUGAAUGGGGCAAGGUGAAGAGAGAGUUGAAGGAAAAGGAGGAACUUGUCGAACUGCAAGCGUUGGAAAUUCAGGAGACAAGAGAAUUAUUAAAGGAUGCUCGAAAAGAAGCUGAAUAUGCUCGAAAUGAUGCUGACAUUUCUGAGAAUGAAUGGGGCAAGGUGAAGAGAGAGUUGAAGGAAAAGGAAGAACUUAUCGAACUGCUAAAGUUGGAAAUUCAGGAGGCAAGACAAAUAUUAGAGAAUGCUCUAAGAGAAGCCGAGCAUGCUCAAAACGAUGCUGACCUUGCUAAGAACGAAUGGAUUAAAGCCAAGAAAGAUUUGCAAGAAAAGCUUGAGCUGAUACAGUUGCUAAAGCUGGAGUGUCAGGAGACUAGAGAAAGUGCGAAGAGACAGGUUGAAGAAAAAGAACUAGAGUUAGCUGAUGCCCUUAAUGCUGCCACUGCUGCACCAUCGAGUUCUGCUGCUGCCCAGGAGUGUGUAAUUUGUCUGACCAAUGAAAAGGACAUGGCCUUUGGAUGUGGACACAUGACUUGUGAAGAAUGUGGGACAAUGCUGGACACGUGUCCUAUAUGUCGGGUGGAGAUAACCUGUCGCAUCAAACUGUAUCCUGGAUGACAGGGCAGUUUUCUUCCGAGUGUGCUUUGAAGAUGACGCAAUGUGGAUGGACUGUGUUUUUAGUUCGGAUCAGAAGGAUACAAGCCAAGAGAUGAUAAUUGUAAAUAAUGGAAUCAGAAAGAAUGAAACCUAGUAAGACUUAUUUUAGCUGUGAAAAACCAUCCCUAAUGUAAUAGCCCCAUGCGACUUUAUUUCUUCUCCUCAUAUGUCUACAACCAAUAGCGUCUUGAAGACUUUGGAUGAUCCCAAAGGAAAAUGUAUGUAUUGUAAUGGAUGUUGUGAGU